GCAGACGUGCCUGUGUGUGUGUGUGUGUGUGUAUGUGCAUUUGUGUUAGUCAGUGUGUGUGUGUGUGUAAGUGUGAGAGAGAGAGUGUGUGUGUGAGAGAGAGAGAGAGAGAGAGAGAGAGAGGGGCUGGUGCUGGCAGACAUGGAGGAGCUGAGCGCUAUGGGAGAGCAGGUUUUUGAUGCCGAGUGCAUUCUGAACAAAAGACUGCGAAAGGGAAAGUUGGAGUAUCUGGUGAAGUGGAGGGGAUGGUCGGCCAAGCACAAUAGCUGGGAGCCACAGGAGAACCUCCUUGACCCAAGACUGCUGGCUGCAUUUAACAAGAGGGAGCAGGAACGAGAGCUGUUACUCCAGAAAAGAGGAAAACGACCUCGUGGAAGACCGCGGAAAAUUAUGGAAACUGUUCCACAAGUCUCAAAAUCGAGCAGUUCCUCAUCAUCAUCAUCUUCAUCUGGCUCCUCCUCUUCUUCAUCCUCCUCUUCCUCUUCAUCCGAGGAUGACGAUGAUGACGAUGACGGCAACAGUGACAGGAAGCCGAAGCUGAGCCCCCGUCCGAGGGAACUGCAUCCCGUUCCACAGAAAAAGGCUCAGAUUGUAGUGGCCAAACCGGACCCUCCGAAGAAGAAGAGAGGCAGGAAGCCUCUGGCGCCAGAGCUAAAGGCCUUGCGGCAGAGUCAGGCCAAGAGUUCACGAAAACCUAUGCCCAAAGACUCUCUGUCUGACUUGCGAGGCAGCAUCAAGAAACCCCUCAUGCCUGCCAGCUUCACCUACACAGGCAUGAAUCGAGCUGCCAACAGGGAGCCAAUGGCAAUGCAGAGCAGAGGAUCCUUUAAUCACAAUGCAUCUUCAAAGAGCUCUCUGGGUUCGGUGGGUCCAGGUCGCCCAGUGGGACCGCUUGGACGGCCAUCGCAAGGGAAAAGCACUGCAGAUUUUAAACUCUCUGACAUGGGGAGUGGAGGAGGAGGACUGGAUUUAAAAGCGUCAGCAUGCAAGUCUCCGGGAGUGGCGUCACUUAGCUUACACAACCCAAAACUUACAACCUGCAAUACCAAUGGACAGGCAGCAGUGGGAGCUCCUAACUGGACAAAAAAACAGGAAUCUCUGGCGCAAAGUCCAUUGCAACGACCAGCCAGCAACAAACUUGCAACUGCUUUGUCCUCUGCAAAAAGCUCCAGUAACCAGACCACAAGCCUCCAGCAUGCCACCCUGCACAGUGUUAGCAAAAUGCCACAAGGUAGUGACACCUCUGCAGUUGAUGGCCAAGGCUCUAUCCAUCGGAACUCUGGAAGCACAGUGAGAAAAGGCCCAACACAAGAGAAGAGCCUUUCGCUGAAUCCGACCAGUCAAGCAGCAGGAUUGGGAAUGGUGGGAACCCGCAAUAACAGCAUGCCUGUUGGGGUGGAGAGGGUAAAAUCGGAGGAUUGCAGUGACCCAGCGGAGAGAUUUGGGAAACCAAAUCAAGGCAGGCCUCAGAAAGGCCUGAACUUCCCACCUACUUUGGACAGAAACGGCUCCAAAGACGGCACCAAGACGGCGAAGACAUUGAGCGAAAUGAGCACAGGGGAAGAAGGAACCAGUUCUGAGUCUGAGCAUGAGUCUUCAUUACCCAGCAAAAGGCAGGAUCUCUCGACUGGUGUGCAGGCAAGCCAGGACUGGAGGCCCACACGCAGCCUGAUAGAACAUGUUUUUGUCACCGACGUCACCGCCAACCUAGUCACAGUCACCGUGAAGGAGUCUCCCACCAGCGUUGGCUUCUUCAGUAUCCGGAAUUACUAAUCAUUUGUGAACCAUUUUGGUGCUUGGAAGACUUCAGAAACGUUUUGUUCUCUACUCGUAUCUCCAGGAUUUUGUAUUGGGAGUUUUCAACUUUUUUUUUUUUUUAUUCAAAGAACCAUCUCAAUUUGCCAUUAAAGGGGUAGAGCACACUGAUUUAACAUUCUCUAACAAACAUUGGCAUUGCAGUGCAUUUGCAGUUGGCUCUAUAGUGUUCAGAAACAAGAACUGACAAGCCAAAUGAGCUAGCGUAAAGGGAGAACAACAUUCUAAAACAAAGUAAAUUGGGGACUAGAGUGGGAGACAAUCUGGAGACUCCCAACAAUCACACACAGAGAUAGUGAAGGUAUAGGGUUUGUUAGUGCUUGUUAGAGGAUGCAUCGUCGAUGUGCUUUGACUUUAAAAUAGGAGACCAAACUUAAGACUGGAAGAUAUGAUACAUGGUCGAGAAAAUGCUCUUUAUGUACGUCUUUAAUCAGGUGCUUUGCUAAGUGGUGCUUAGUGAAAGAAGAAACACAGUCUUGUAGAUCACAUUUUUAUACUAUGUUACAACCAACGUGUCUUAUACUAAGUCAGCGGACAUAUAUGCGAGCCUCAUCAUGGAUAUCGGAGCAAACGUGGUUUAAUGUUCUCAAACAGUAUUGUUUACAUGAGCACAAAACUACAGAAGAAGACAAUUUUUAAACUUAUCCAAAGUUUUUUGUUUGUUAUUUUGGCCAGUUUAAGGAGGCCAGUUUUAGAUUUGUGAAGCUUUUGCCUUACUAGAACUAUAAGCAGCAGUCUCAAGGGCAGUUUAGCAUUGUUCUGUUCUGGCUAAUAUGUGGCCUUCUCUCCGAUAGCAUUUGAUAUCUCCAUCUUUAUUUAUUGUUUCUUACUGUGUUGUGAUUUUUAGAUUUUGUGUAAAAACAGUAAACAAUCUUUUUUGUAGGAAAAAAGCUGACAACUCAUUUUAAAUCAAACUUUCAUGAAGCAUGGACUUGACACAGUUUAUUUUAAAUGAGACUUUUUUGAGUUAAGGGUUAGAAUGUGAAUCUUAAAGGGGAAUUCCACCGAUUUUUCAGGAUCACUGACAUGUAAACAAAGUCUUUCAGAGUGGUUUGAUGUGAAGUGGUGUAUUGCAGAGAAAUUUACAGAAUCAGCUGUAUUUACUUUCUUUGAAUGGCCAAAACCUAAUUGCAAAACUAUCUUUCAAUGGUGAAAGUAGAGAAAUCACCAAACUGUGCUGAGCUCUGGCCCUCUAGCACCAGAAAUUGGAGACCCCUGACAUAAGAGAUUAUACCUACACUAUGUGAGAUUUGGAGGUCUCUGUUAGAAAUGUGUAAUUUCAGGCAAAAAGUAAGUAUUUGUUACCAUUUUACACAUGAAAGAGCUUUUAGGCUACGUUCACAUUACCAGUUUGAAGUGGCACAAAUUCGAUUUUUUUGUCCUAAUGUGACUCAGAUCUGAUGUUUUCAGGGCUGUGUGGACAUGCAAA